CUAUUAAGACUCACUUUUCCCAGCCCACCUGGAAGCCACUCCUCCCUCCAAGCCAGGGAACUCGGAAAUGGGAGGAAAUGACGUAAGAAGCUAACACGGAAGCACUUCUGAUUCAAGUCGGAUCCUGGUAAAUGAAGAAAGAAGCGCGGGAAAUUUGUACUGGCGUAAGUGAUCAACCAACGUAUGUUCCAGGGAGCAAUUGAAGACGUCUUGGCUGUUUGGGGCUUUGGAGAAUCAGAACUUAGGAGGGAAGGAAGCGAAGGAAACUUGAUUUUUAUCCGCCUUUUCUGAGUAUAGGCUGAGCGGAUUCCUGGGAAAGAAAGAAAAAAACGGCCUCGGGAUCUCACAGACCGAUGUUUUUAUAAAAUGGAUGAAGCAACAGGUGAUUUAAAACUGCCUCUUCAAAAUGACUGUGAAUCCCUGCAGAUACAUGUGGAAGUUCAUCAGAAAUCAAACAGUACUGCAAAAAAAGAAGAUAUCAAACUAAGUGUCUUAAAGCUACUAAACAGGCACAAUGUUAUUUUUGGUGAUUACAAAUGGAUUGAGUUUGAUGAUUGCUUCCUAACAAAUAAUGUACAGUCAAUUGCAGUUGUGGAUACAGAACUAAAGCUGAAAGAAAGACAGCCUAUCAGCUUGAAUAAAUGCAAACUUUUAAUCCAUAUUUUUCAUCUCAAUGAGGAAGGGUCCACUACAGAAAAUCUGGAUGCGGAAGAUGAGCAUAUUGUUGCAGCUAAUCAUUGGUUAUUACCUACAGUUGAGUUUCAUCGUCUAUGGGAAAGCCUAAUUUAUGAUGCUGAAAUAAAAUCAGAUUUAUUAAAUUAUGUGACCACAUCAUUACUAUUCUCUGACCGAAGUGUUGAUAACAACUUGAUAUCAUGGAACAGAGUUAUUCUACUACAUGGUCCCCCUGGUACUGGUAAAACUUCUCUUUGUAGAGCAAUGGCACAGAAGUUGACUAUUAGACUAUCACAUAGGUACUGCUAUGGACAGUUGGUAGAGAUAAAUAGUCACAGCCUUUUCUCUAAGUGGUUCUCGGAGAGUGGCAAACUUGUUACAAAAAUGUUUCAGAAGAUUCAAGAAUUAAUUGAUGACAAAGAUGCCCUUGUAUUUGUACUUAUUGAUGAGGUGGAAAGUCUUACAGCUGCUCGUAGUUCUUUUCAAGCAGGUACUGAGCCUUCUGAUGCCAUCCGUGUUGUAAAUGCUGUACUUACACAAAUUGAUCAGAUCAAAAGGUAUCCUAAUGUGGUUAUACUGACGACUUCAAAUAUCACAGAGAAAAUUGAUAUUGCUUUUGUAGAUAGAGCUGAUAUUAAACAAUAUAUUGGGCCACCUUCUCCUGCAGCUAUAUUCAAAAUCUAUCAUUCUUGCAUAGAAGAACUAAUGAAGUGCCAAAUAAUAUAUCCCCGUCAGCAACUGUUAACACUCCAUGAGUUAGAGGUGAUCGGUUACUUAGAAAACGACGUGUCAAAAUUAAGUCUCCUGUUAAAAGAUAUUUCAAGGAAAAGUGAAGGACUUAGCGGCCGUAUCCUAAGAAAGCUUCCUUUUCUAGCCCAUGCGCUGUAUAUUCAAUCUCCUAGUGUUAUAAUGACAACUUUCCUCCAAGCUUUAUCGCUUGCAGUGGACAAGCAAUUUGAAGAACGAGCAAAGCUUUCAGACUGUGUUUGAUGUUCUGCUUCUUACUCUAUGUUUUGUGGUAAUUUUCUUUAUAUCUAACUUGGUUUUUAUAUAUAGCUACUGAGAUUGCUAAUUAAGAGCCAUGUGUUUUUAACCUGAAGAUCAGUCCAGACUUCCUUUUUUCAACUAUUGCAUGUAUAAUAAAUUACUUCUAUAUAUUCAAAGGUUUGAUUUUGUUUGGGUCAAAAUGCCAUGUACUGUUGGGGAAAGUCAUUUAAAAGCAAUUCCAAGAAGUUAUUAUUCCCAAUAAUUUUGACAAAGUUUUGGAGUUGGAAUGCCUAUGAUUUAUAUCAUUUUGUAUUGUUUUGCUGAACUAUAUCUCUUGUAAAAAAUGAUAAAUAAGAAUCAUUUUUCUUUGUGUGUUUGUUUCGCUUCUCAUCUAAGAAGCUUCUUCUGUCCUGAACUGAAGAAACGUCUUGGAUGAGAAAUUAAAAGUUUUCAAAGAAAAAAACAAAGGAAAUUCAGUUGCCUUUUGAAAAAAGAAUCUUUGGAAUAUGCUAAUUAAGGUUACUGUUCGAUUAAAAACACAUAGAAAACUACAUGUUAAUAGAGUAAGUGGAAGAGAUGUUUUUUGUAUAGCAUAUGUAUGAGUCCAAGCCAGACCAAUCCUAAAAGGAAACAAUCUCACAGAAUACCUGUUACUUGCCUUUUUACCUACAAUUUAGUAUAUAUUUAUUUAAUUCAGUUCUAAUAAGCAAAAACAUUAAUACAUUAACCAAAUAUCAUUGGCAAUGUCCUAAAAUCAAACAAAUUAAUAUAAAUUAGAGGCUGAAGCACUUCUGAGCUGAGGUGUCAAGUAGAUUGUAUGAAUGAUAAAGUUUUAAAAAUACAGUAUGUAUUAGCAACUACAAUUAAAAAUGCUAUUGGGGCUCUUUGCUUUUUAUUUUAGGAGGAUUGAACAGUUUUUAUUUCAGGAUUUGAACACUGAAGGAACAGUACAUCAUAGAAUAACUCUACCUUUAUACCUCUAAGACCGUUGCUAUUUCCCUACAAUAUCUCAAAUGUUGUUUCUAUCAUGUUUCUGUUGAUUCAUAUUUAUAUUUUGGCAUCUUGGACUUCUGUUUCUUUAGUUUUUUAUAAAAUUUCUGAAAGCACCACAUUUCUACACCUUUUAAUAUUAUAUCCCAGCCUGAAUUCUGAUUGUAAAAGAUCAGCCUAACCUGCUUCACCCAGGACAUAUUUUUAGGGAAGAUGGAGACUGAACAGAGAUUAUCUAAAACUACUGGGUCCAAGAAUGGCCUCUUUCAAGGCAGGCAGGGCUAUUUUCUCCCGCUAAGAAGCAUUAACUAGAACUUGGACUCAGCUGCAUUUAUCUUCCUGAGAGACUUUGACCAGUCACAGCAAUAAGGAUGUUGCCCAAAUUCAAGCAACUUUGUCCAAGUAUGCCUAAAAUGAUUCCCAUAGUAAUCCUGCAAAGGCUCACCCUGAAACAGAGCUGUUAACAGAUACCUACAGACUCAAUAAGAGCAGAGAAGUAAAACACUUUGUGCAACUUUUAUUUACCACAAAAGCCUAAUAAACAGUCUUACCUGUGCCAA